CCGUGCAACCACAGCACCAGUUCAGAGAGGCCUGUUCCGGUUUUGACCCAAGGCUGGCCCUCCUUAGAGCCAUGUUGGGUCAGUGUCACCACCCUUGGGUGGUGCCAGAGGCUGUGGCUGGUUCCUCCAUCCUUUUGACCAAAUGGCAGACACUAGGUAAUGUUUACUAAAGAGUGGAGAUUAACAUCCCAGUUUUCCAGAUGAGGGAAAAGAGACUGCACCUUGCCCAGAGUCACCUCCAACAUGAAGGUUCCUGCCAUGGUGUCUCUCCUGCUGGUGUCCAUGGGCCUUCGCGAUGGACUUCAGGUUCAAAGUUACUCCAUCGCCCAACUAGACAUCUUCUCUCAAGAAGCACCCCUGGACAUGGCCCCAGCGUCGUUUGACGACCAGUAUGCUGGCUGUGCAGCAGACAUGACAGCGGCUCUGCCAGAUCUCAACCGCUCAGAGUUCCAGGCCAACAAAGUAUACGCGGAUGGUUGGGCUCUGGCUAACAUCCGGUGGCAGGAGUGCAAGGCCUUGGGGUCAGCGUGGGGCCUCAGCCCAACCACCUUGCCCCCACCACCCCCGGGGUUUCGGGAUGAGCACGGGGUGGCGCUCCUGGCCUACACAGCCAACACCCCCCUGCACAAGGAGUUCAACGCUGCAGUGCGAGAGGCGGGCCGCUCCCAGACCUACUACCUUCAGCACUUCUCCUUCAAGACCCUCCACUUUCUGCUCACAGAGGCCCUGCAACUGCUUGGGAGCCACCGAUCUCGGGGGUGCCGGCAGGUGUACAGAGGGGUGCAUGGCCUGCGCUUCCGGCCAGCGGGGCCUGGCACCACUGUUAGGCUGGGGGGGUUUGCUUCUGCGUCCCUCAAGAACAUUGCCGCUCAACAAUUUGGCAAGGACACUUUCUUUGGCAUUUGGACCUGCCUCGGGGUCCCUAUCAGGGGCUACUCCUUUUUCCCUGGAGAGGAGGAGGUGCUGAUCCCCCCUUUUGAGACUUUCCAAGUAGUCAACGCCAGCCAACCUGCCCAGGGGCCCGCCCGCAUCUACCUCCGUGCUCUAGGCAAACGCAGCACGUACAACUGCGAGUACAUCAAAGAAAAGAAGUGCAGGUCUGGGCCCUGCCGGUUGGAUAGUGCAGCACCAGGCUCUCUCUCUACCUCCCGUUUUCUCCUGCUGCUGCUCUUGUUUCUUGUGCUGAGGGCCCUUCCAGAGAAUACGGGUCUCCCGUGAUCUCCCAGAUGUUGACUGGCCCUGCCUCAAAGCCGUUGGUCGCCUGUGCCUUAAGUACAGCAGGAUCCUGGUGAAAUCAAUCUAUCUCCAGGGAACUCUGGGGCCUUCUGUUGCCAGACCUGUUGAUGGACACAUAGAAGAGAAUUUGGAGAUCGAACCUCACUCAGGACUGUAGGAAUGGUACUGGCCGGAGGUCAGAGGGCUCUAGGACAGGCAGAGACUCACUUGGAACCAGACUUCAGUUCAUU